UGCAAGCCGGGAGUCUCUCACACGUGGUCGCCGUUUCCCCUGCAGCUGCUCGCACGUGCUCGCUUCUCCUCAGCAACCCGGGACUCACAAUGGCAGACGCCAAGCACUUGAGUUUUCUCUUCGGCUGCGAGCUGACGGCAGCAAAAAAGGAGUUCGCGUUCGAGGAGGAGGAGGACCCGAAUGUGGAGCAUCACCUCCUGCUGCACACGGUAUGCCUGGGGGCAGGGGCUCCUGACGAGUUCCACUCGGUAAGCCUGGUGGCGCUGGACCAUUCGGGGAAGAUGACGACGGUGCCCGUGGCCACGCUCAAGCCCUCCGUGCAAGCCUCGCUGUCUCUCGCGGGGCUCGAGCUGGCCCCCCCCGUGCUCCUCCGCCUGACGGCAGGCGCGGGCCCCGUGCACAUCUGUGGCCAGCACGUGCUCACCUCGGAGGAAAUGUUCUCUGACAUGGAGAGCGACGAGGAGGAGGAGGAACAGGCUGUGGUGCCGGCCAGGAAACGUGCUAACGAGGCGUCACCCACGGGGGGCACGCAGAAAAAGCUGAAGGUGCUUGGCAAUGAAGGGCAAGACAAGAUACUAGCGACCGUGACGCCAGCCAAGAAGGCGGCGCCGAAGAACGGACAGAAUGGGAGCAUUCCAUCCACCCCAAGCCAGACCAAGACUCCAGAUUCUGCUGCCAAACCCAAAACCCCCAAGAGCCCCUUGCCAGUUGCUGAUAUCAAGGCCACACUGCAGCAGAAGGUCGAGAAGGGGGUGAAUUUGCCGAAGAACAAAGAAAAAUUCUCCAACUUCAUCAAGAGCAGCUUCAAGGUUGAGGAUCCAAAGGUGCUGAGUGAGCUGUGGGCCUUCACCGAGACCCUGAAGGCAGCAUAGGAGGACAAGCAAGUGGACCCACUACCAUUUCAACGCAGUUUGAGCCAUCUUGCUCCUAGGCCAUGAACCUGCCAGUUACCCAUCCGUCCUAGAAGAACCAAUUUUGUGAAACAUGCAAGCUCCAAACCAGAAUCUGUGCGCUUUUCAAAACAUUUUUGUGAAUAAACAUUAAAAUUUUUGCUGUUC